AUGGAAGCAGAGGGCAGAUCUGAGGAGCAAGCCAAAGAGACACUCAAAAACGCGAUCCUGAAGGACGAGAAAACCUAUCAGCACUUGUCGAAGCAAUUCUUCCUGUCAUCUCCAAAUGCCCCGCCUCAUGUGCAGAGAUUUAUUGCGAUGCUUGAGGUUCUGCUCGGCGGUCAUCAUAUCUGGUGCGCUGCCUGUGAAAGAUACAAGUUCCACACCUUAUCAGAUGGAAAAGGAAUAAAUAUAUGUACAGUCGAGGAAAAGAGCGAGAAUAUGGCCCCUCAAUACUCCAGUUGUUCAACUCUGGACGAUUCCGCUCUGUUGGAUCCUGUGCACUACAUACAGUCCCUCCCAUCAAAGAACAUGAGAUCGAAAGUCAUUGAUGCCUUGAAUAUCUGGUGUCGAUUGCCCGAUGAUCAGCUGGACACGGUAAAAAGCGUGGUUGAUGAUAUUCAUAACUCAACCCUAAUACUUGAUGAUAUCCAGGAUGCAUCGUUUCUACGACGGGGAUUUGCCACAGCCCAUCAUGUCUUUGGCCCAGGCCAAUGCAUUAACAGUGCUACCUAUAUGGUAGCACGAGCCGCAUCCAGAGUUGCUACACAUCAGGAUCAGCAUCCAAAAUUGGUCCAUAUCCUCCUGCAUGGUCUGAAUCAGCUGGCCGUAGGCCAGAGCUGGGAUCUCAAUUGGAAGGACACUGGACACUGUCCGUCUACUGCAGAAUACUUGGCUAUGGUGGAUGGCAAGACCGGAGCCAUGUUUGCGUUGAUUAUCCAGAUGAUGCAUGACUUUUCAUCAAUCCCGGACUGGCCGAUCUCCGAGUUAAAUCAGCUUGCAAAACUUCUUGGCCGAUGGUAUCAGAUACGGGACGACUAUCAGAACCUACAAGAUGAACAGUAUACGUCGCAGAAGGGAUUUUGCGAGGAUUUGGAUGAAGGGAAGCUGUCAUAUCCUCUCACAGUGUGUUGCGGACUUGAUCCAAUGGCUCAAAGAGUCAUCAUGGGAAUUUUCCGACAACGGCAAAGUGGAACACCACUUGCACUAAAUGUCAAGACGCAGAUCCUCGAUACACUUCGGCACACGGGUGCAUUUCAGCAGACAUGGGAGGUCCUCAAAAACCUUGAGAGGAACGUUGGAGCCGCUCUUUCAAACUUGGAAGCUAUAACUGGGGAGCCAAAUCCAAAAUUCCGUGCAAUUGUGAGUCUGCUAGGCGAUAUAGCACGUCCUACGCAAGACUGCGAAUAG